AUGGAUUAUUUAAAAUCUACACUAUCACGCGUUGUUCUUGGAACAGAAAUACCAUCUUUUCCCUAUAACAUUACUGAUAAACUUGAUUCGUUUGACGGUUUGACAAUUUGGUCAUUACACAAUGGAACAAAAAAAGAUGAUGGAACUCCUGUAUCAAUUUUUGCUUUUGAUUGUGUUAAACAAAAAGAUCGGUUGCCGUUGGCUCGAAAUGCCUUUAAAAAAUUUAGGACUAUUAGACAUCCUGAUUUAUUAAAAUAUAUAGACGUAACACCUUUACAAGCACAAUUGAAUAAUAAUUCUAAUGAGUUGACAUUGUGGGGUUUAUAUAAAGUAGCAAGUGCAUUAAAGUUUUUAAAUGGUGAUUGUUCUAUUAUUCAUGGAAAUGUUCGUGUCUCAUCGAUAUUUACUAAUAAAGCUGGAGAAUGGAAAUUGGGUGGUUUUGAACUUAUGAGCUCUUCAAAAGAAGAAAAUCCUAUCAUAUAUACAUUUGGUGGUUUAGUUUAUGAUUCGUCCAAAUAUGCUUCUCCUGAAAUAUCAAAAAGUUCUUGGAAUGUUUUGAAAGAUUUUGAUGUUGGGGUAGCUGAUUCAUGGAAUUAUGGAACUUUAAUUUACGAAAUUUAUAAUGGUCCUUUCUCAUCAACAAAUCAGCUCUCAAACAUUGGCUCGAUUCCACAGAAAUUGACACAAACAAAUCCUAAAAUACGUUUAAAUAUUUCCCAAUUCCUUGAAGAAGGAAUGGAAGAUGGUGGAUGUUUUCAAAAUAACUUAAUACAAAUAAAUUUAUUUUUAGAAAAUAUGAAUAUCAAAGAACAAAAGGAAAAGGAUCUAUUUUACAAAAAAUUAAAUGAUUCUAUUGAUAAGAUUCCCGAAGAUAUUUGUAAAUACAAAAUAUUACCCGAAUUAAUCAAUGCUUUGGAGUUUGGUUCUGGUGGAGCAAAGGUGUUACCUCCCAUAAUCAAAAUAGGGAAUACGCUUGAUGAUACUGAAUAUGAACAAAUAGUGGUAACUGCACUUGUUAAAAUGUUUGCUAUACCUGAUCGAGCAAUACGUUUGAGUUUGCUUGAGAAUUUAGGAUCGUUUAUUGAUCGUUUGAGCAGUAAAAUAGUUAAUGAUAAGAUUUUUUUUAAUGUGGUUACAGGGUUUACAGAUACUAAACCAAUUAUUAGAGAGAGCACUGUCAAAUCUAUUCUUUUGCUAAUUCCCAAGUUAUCAGAAAGAGUGAUUAAUAAUGAUUUAUUACGUUAUUUGGCUAAAUUACAAUUGGACGAAGAACCUGGAAUCAGAACAAAUACUACAAUCUGUUUAGGAAAAAUUAGUCAAUAUUUGAAUGAAAGUACACAAAAAAAAGUUUUGGUUUCAGCAUUUACAAGAGCUUUAAGAGAUCCUUUUCCUUAUGCUAGAUCAGCAAGUCUUGUUGCGCUAGUUGCAACUUCCGAUUAUUACGAUGCAACUGAUUGUGCGACCAAGAUAUUGCCCUGUAUAUCAUUAGUUUUGGUCGAUAAAGUGAAAUCUGUUCGUCUACAAGCAUUUAAAACAGUUGAUGUAUUCAUCAAAAGAUUAGAAAAAUUGCCUGACGCUGCAAUUAUUAACACGAACGUUGGCACUGCUACUAAUAAUGGUAAUGGAUCAUCAACAGAAACUACACAAAAUUCUUCAAUUGCAUUUGCAUCAAGUGUUGCGGGUUCUGCUGCUAGUGUCGCAGAAAGUUUAGCUGGAUGGGCUGUAACUUCUAUUACAAAAAAGAUUGUAGGUGGUAAUAUUGAAGGUGAAAUUACUGCACCGCCAGCACCACCGUCACCGUUACCUUCACCAUCACUUUCAUCUUCAAAUUACAAUACAACUUCAAAUCAUAAUAACACAUCAAAUAAUUAUACACUUUCAAAUAAUUAUAAUACAUCAUCAUCCUCAAGUAAUAAUAGCACGCUGUCUAUUAUUAAUGACAAAUCAUCAACAAGUUCAGGAAUAACAGCUGCGUCAUCCUCGAUGAAAUUAAAUCCAACAUCAAAAUUACAUCCAUCUGAUGGCUGGGAUUUAGAUGAUGAUGGUUGGGGUAAUGAUGAUGGUUGGGGUGACGAUUGGAACGUUUCUUCUAAAACCUCAACCCCAGCAUCUACCAGAUCAGUUAGCCCUGCAGCAGAACUUAAUCGUAAAAAAGAAGAAAGGCGACAAAAAAUGGCUGAAUUAAGAGAACAAAAGAAAAGAGGUGGUGUAUUAGGAGCGAAAAAAUUAUAA